AUGGAGAGACUAAUCAGAGACAAGAUACUGGGCUGGCUUGAGAAGUUCAACAUGAUUCCAAAAGAACAGCAUGGUUUCUUGAGUGGGGCCUCCACGGUAUCCAAUUUAUUAGAUAGCUUGUUUGACUGGCAAUCCGCUCUGAACAAUGGAAAAUCCGUGGACAUUGUCUUCGUUGACUUAUCAAAAGCAUUUGAUAGGGUCUGCCACCGCAGGUUGCUAGUCAAAUUGCAGCAUCUGGGGAUUUCUGGGCAGCUUCUAGAUUGGCUGAGAUCUUUUCUAAAUCAACGAUACAUGACCGUCAAGGUUCGUCACAGCUUCUCUGACAGACACCACUGUCAAAGUGUAUAUACAUUGGACCUCCCUGCUUACAUUACUACUUCCCCCGAGGUGAAGGUGCAGAUGUAUGCUGAUGACAUAAAAAUAUAUGCCGCAUACGAUACUACCAACAAGAGUGAAGUUCAAGCAGCAUUUAGGCUAUCCCUAGCGAAAAUGUCGGAAGUUUACCCGAAAACAAAACCGAAUAGCGUGCCAAAGUACGAGGAGCGUCUAAAAUGGUUAGGACUAUUGAGCCUCAAAGACAGGAGGUUACUCAAUGACCUCACACUUUGUUUUCGGAUCCUCAGAAGAGAAACGAGGCUAAAACCUAGCAAAUACUGGGUUUUUAGACCCUGUAGUGAAAGAUCAGGGAGCUUUGGCUUGAGCUACGUGAAAAUUCAAAAGAGAUUCUAUUCGAUUAUGUUUAACUCCUAUUUUUAUCGUAUGGCCAGGAUGCUGGACAAGCUGCCUCCCGAGUUGCUCAGAUCGGAAAACGGUAAGGUGUUUAAGAACAGAUUGCGGAAGAUCUGUAUUACGGACUCACUUCACUCCUUAUUCUAA